GUUAAUUGCUGCAGUUGUAUUUUUCAUCAACUGUAUAAUAUUACAAUAAUGUAAAUAAAUUCAAACUUACUCUCAGUAAAAAAUUAAUUUGCUGACAGCUAAACAGCUGAUAGUUGAUUGUUGAUAACUAGUAAUUAUUUAAUUGCUCUAUUGAUCAAAAUAAACAAAUUAUAACCUCAAGAUGGUUAAGGAACAGUUUCGGGAAACUCAUCUUGCUAAAAAAAUAUCUCACAUUACAUUUGCGAUAAACAGUCAUCAUGACAUUGCGAGACAAGCACAUGUUAAUGUCGUUUGUCAUCCACUUUAUUCAGAGCAAGAUCACACACCUGUGCCGUACAGUGCCUUGGACCCCCGACUGGGACUUUGUACGAAACAAGGUGAAUGUAAAACUUGUAAUUUACCAUACCUUGAUUGCAUUGGGCAUUUUGGAUACAUUAAUCUUGAGUUUCCAGUUUUUCAUUAUGGAUAUUUCAAGUCUAUUGUUAAUAUUCUACAAUCUAUUUGCAAGAAAUGUUCUCGUGUAUUAUUAGACGAACAAGCAAAAGCGCAGUAUGUUAAGCGCGUAUCAAAUCCUAAUCUUGGUUACUUAGAACGCAAAGCUCUGAGAUCACAAAUUUUAAAAAAGGUUAAAAAGAAGUCAGUGUGUCCAUAUUGUGGAGAUUUAAAUGGUGUCGUAAAAAAAGCUGGUCUGUUAAAAAUUGUACACCAAAAAUUCCAAAAAUCAAAAAAGAGUGACCUCCAAGUGAUGGCUAAUGAAUUAGUUGAAUAUGAAACGGCAAUGCAAAGUAAUAAAGAGUUAGAAGGAACACUUAAGACUUCUCAUUUGGCUUACAUCUUAAAUCCGCUUGAGGUGCUAAAUUUAUUUGAACGCAUACCAGUUAACGAUGUGCCGUUUUUAAUGAUGAAUCCAAAUACCGGUAUGCCAAAAGAUCUGUUAAUCACCAGAAUACCUGUUCCGCCAAUUUGUAUCAGGCCCAGUGUAAAAUCUGAUUUCAAAUCUGGUACAAAUGAAGACAACUUAACUAUGAGACUGAGUCAGAUUGUUUUGCUCAAUGAUCAAAUUAGACAGUCUCGGGAGAGAGGCAUGAAGAUGUUACAGUACAAUGAUGUUCUUGAGUUUAUACAAAUUCAUACUGCUUUUUAUAUUAACAGUCAAGUCACUGGAAUUCCUUUGGAUAAACAGCCAACAAAUCCAGGCCGUGGUUUAGUCCAAAGAUUAAAAGGAAAACAAGGUCGUUUCCGAGGAAAUUUAUCCGGCAAGCGUGCAAACUUCACCGCUCGUACCGUAAUAUCACCCGAUCCAAAUCUUCGAAUCGAGCAGGUUGGCAUACCAAUUCACGUCGCAAAAACACUGACCUACCCCGAGCGAGUGUGUACAGCAAACAUCGAAAAGAUGCGUCAGCUAGUCCUCAACGGCGCUAAUAAACACCCUGGCGCCAACCACGUAAAAAUAAUGAAGAACAAAGAAGUAACUUCAAUAUUCUUAGGUUUCGCCAACAGAGCCGAGAUCGCUCAGAAUUUGAAAAUGGGCGACAUAGUGGAGCGUCAUUUGCGGGACGACGACUUAGUAUUGUUCAACCGCCAGCCCUCACUGCACAAGCUGAGUAUAAUGGCGCACAAAGCAAAAGUUCUCGAGCACCGUACCUUCCGUUUCAACGAGUGCGUGUGCAAUCCUUACAACGCCGACUUCGACGGUGACGAAAUGAACGUGCAUUUACCACAGACCGAAGAAGCCCGAGCGGAAGCUUUAGUCCUAAUGGGAAACAAGUCUAACUUAGUAACGCCACGAAACGGCGAGCUUUUGAUCGCAGCAACUCAAGAUUUCUUAACCGGAGGAUUUUUGCUCACCCAGAAGGACACUUUCUUGAACAAAUCCGAGGCCUGGCAGCUAGCAGCUUGCCUCCUCGCCGGAUUCGACUCCAACAUGCAGAUAGACAUGCCAGAGCCGGCUAUAUUAAAGCCUCGUCCACUCUGGACCGGGAAACAAAUUUUCAGCUUGAUUUUACGCCCGAAUAAAAGCUGCAAAAUUCUGGCUAAUUUAAGAACUAAGGGAAAAAAUUACACAGAUCAAGAAGAACUUUGCGCGAAUGAUUCAUUUGUCGUGAUAAGAAACUCCGAGCUGCUAGCUGGCUCGAUGGACAAAAACACUCUCGGCUCUGGGUCCAAGCAGAAUAUUUUCUAUGUCUUGUUAAGAGACUGGAGCGAGGACGCAGCUACUACUGCGAUGUGGCGGCUGUCCAGAAUGGCGAGUAUUUAUUUAAUGAAUCGCGGGUUCUCAAUUGGAAUUGGAGAUGUCACUCCGGGUCAGAGAUUGCUCAAGGCCAAGCAGGACUUGCUGGAGCACGGUUAUAAAGUCUGUGAAGAUCUGAUCAAGCAGAUGGAGAGCGGGGAGCUCAAACUCGCGCCUGGCUGCUCUAUGGAGGAAACUCUCGAGUCUAAGAUUCUAAAAGAGCUGUCGGAUAUUCGAGAGAAGGCUGGCAAAGCUUGCUUGAGGGAGCUGCACCGCAGCAACAGUCCGUUGAUCAUGACUCUCUCUGGAAGUAAGGGGAGUUAUAUUAAUAUUUCGCAGAUGAUUGCUUGCGUGGGGCAGCAAGCUAUCAGUGGUCAUCGUGUUCCAAAUGGAUUUGAAGAUCGUGCGCUGCCUCACUUUGAUAGACACUCUAAAAUUCCCGCGGCUAAAGGAUUCGUUUCGAAUUCUUUUUACUCCGGGCUCACUCCGACUGAGUUUGUUUUUCACACGAUGGGUGGGAGAGAAGGUUUGGUUGAUACUGCUGUAAAGACUGCAGAAACAGGGUACAUGCAGCGGAGAUUGAUGAAGAAUCUUGAAGACUUGGGCUUGCAUUAUGAUAAAACUGUGAGGAAUUCCUCCGGGGGUAUUGUGCAGUUUGAAUAUGGUGGAGAUUCUAUGGAUCCUACUUAUAUGGAAGGUAAAGACUGUCCGGUUGAUUAUAAAAGGGUGCUGGAUCAUGUUCGUGCCAAGGUGCCUGAUAAAAAUGGAGAUGCUUUGUCAGGCUCGGAAGUUGUUAGUGCUGCUUCUUUGUUAUUGGCUAAAGAUGAUUUUAAAUGCUUGAGUGAGGAAUUUAAAAAUGAACUCACGGCGUUUCUUACUACGGUCGCGAGGAAAAUUUCUAUGUUGAGAAAAAAAUAUCCACCGAGUAUUAAGGCUGCUCAGCAGUUGGAGAGAAUUACUUUGACGCAAGUUUCGGAGUUUAUGUUCACGUGCAAAGAGAAGUUUAUGAGGGCGAAAAUUGAACCUGGCACUGCGGUUGGGGCGCUGGCUGCGCAGAGUAUUGGUGAACCUGGAACUCAGAUGACCUUGAAGACCUUCCAUUUCGCCGGAGUAGCUUCUAUGAACAUCACCCAGGGUGUCCCACGUAUAAAAGAGAUAAUAAACGCCAGCUCAAAGAUCAGCACCCCAAUUAUCACUGCUUACCUCACGGAAGAUGAAAACGAGGACUUUGCGCGUCGAGUCAAAGGAAGAAUUGAAAAAACAACUCUUGGAGAAGUAACAGAGUACUUUGAAGAAGUAAUACUGUCAGAUAGUUGUUUUCUUCUGGUGAAACUCGAUAUCGGAAGAAUAAAACUGUUGAUGCUGGAAGUUGACGUCAACUCGAUCAAAUACUCGCUGGAGACGGCUAAAUUGAAAAAGCACUUCAAGGAGGUGAGAGUUCACAGCAGCUCGAUACUGACAAUCGUCCCAGUUGCUAACGCUAAGCAGAGCAUGAGCCACUCGUUGAACAUUCUGAAAGAAGCGGUGCCCAAAGUUAUUAUCAAGGGAAUGCCUUCGGUCUCCAGAGCGAUUAUUCACAUUGAUGAACAAGCUGGUGAAAGUGGCUCCAAUGAAGAAGAGAGGAAGGUAACGAAGAAGAAGAAGUUCAAAUUGUUUGUUGAAGGUGACAAUCUUCGUGAAGUUAUGGCGACUCCAGGUAUUUUUAAUACCAAAACUACCUCCAAUAAUACGAUGGAGGUGUUCAAAACUCUGGGGAUUGAAGCAGCUCGUUCGACUAUUAUGACGGAAAUUAAAUUGGUGAUGGAGAAUCACGGGAUGAGUAUAGAUCGACGGCAUUCGAUGCUGGUUGCUGAUUUGAUGACCAGUUAUGGAGAAGUCAAUGGUAUUACUAGACAAGGUUUAGCUAAGAUGAAAGAAUCUGUUCUUAAUUUAGCUUCUUUUGAAAGUACAGCGGAUCAUUUAUUCGAUGCAGCGUACUACGGUCAGACAGACGUUAUCAGUGGAGUUUCCGAGGCAAUAAUUAUGGGAAUCCCCGCACCAAUAGGCACUGGAAUAUUUAAAUUACUUCAUAAAAAUGACAAAGAAGAACCUAAAAAACGUGAUUUAUUAUUCAGCGAUCCGGAAUUCCACACAUCUUCUGUUAAUGUGUAAAAUAAUUGCAUUUAGUUUAAUAACUUAUGUUAUGAUUUAUACUUAUUGCAAUUUAAUAAAAUGUAAUAUAUUUUUCAAA